GUCGACGUUCAAGAUAAGAAAGAAAUGCGAUGCGAUAAAAGGGUGCUGUCGAUACAAAGCCAUGUUUCAUAUGGGUAUGUUGGUAAUAGAGCUGCCACCUUUCCUUUGCAGUUGUUAGGAUGGGAAGUGGACGCCGUUAAUACCGUCAACUUCUCUAACCACGCUGGAUAUCGUAAUUUUGGGGGCACUAUAGUCACACCUAAGGAUUUACAACUUAUGCUUAAUGCUCUAAAAGAAAAUGGCAUGAUGGGACAGAAUUACAUACUCACAGGAUAUAUUCCGGGUGCGGAAUCAUUAGAAAUUGUUAAGACUUACAUCGCAGAAACAAAAAAGAAUCAUCAGUGUACAUAUCUCCUUGAUCCAGUCAUGGGUGACGACGAUAGAGUCUACGUUAAUCGUGAUGUUAUUCCAGUUUACAAAAGUAUGCUCAAGUUGGCAGAUAUGAUAACUCCAAAUGCAUUUGAAGUAGAGUUAUUGACUGAUAUCAAGCUAUCUAAAAAGGAAAAUGUUGAAAAAGCUCUGCAUGUUUUGCACUUUAGCUAUGGUGUACGGUAUGUCGUCAUUAGUUCAAUUGCUUUUGGUUCAGAAGGAGAAUUGUGUACGAUUAUUUCAUCAACCGGCCCCAAGAAUAACGUGUUUACUCGCAUACUUCAAUAUCCAAUGAUUGAAGGCUAUUACUCAGGUGUUGGAGACAUUUUUUCAGCACUUUUACUAGCCUAUUUCGAAUCAGCACGCUCAUCCACGGAAAACCUUAGCGGUAUAGACAUGCUUACGCAAGCUACGGAGAAGACUGUUGCUAGUAUACAGGGAGUCUUGUCAAACACACGGGAAUAUGCGUCAAAAAUCCUACCAGCGGAUAUAGACGUCGAUAUAGAUAACGAUAAAGAAAAUAGAAAACGUAUUAUACGCCAAAGAGCACGGGAAUUGCGCUUAGUACAAAGUCAAGAUGAAAUUAAGCAUCCGAAUAUUAAACACAAGGCCUUAAACUAUUAGAGAAUACUUCCAUCGAAAUUGUACAACUUUUGAAUACUAUUGGAAUUCAAUUACAGGUGCUGAACAUAUAGCGUCAGUUAUUUUCAAGUUGCGGAUAUGGCAUAGUAAUCAAGAAUCUUGGUGUGCAAUAAAUAGAAAAGAAUUAUGAGGAAAAUGAGGACAAUAAAAAAAUGAACAAUGGAAAUUAUAUAAGAGAUACAAGUUUGUAAAUCGAUAAUCAUGAUUCC